CCCCCCUCUUCUGUGGCGGCGGCGGGCUGCGGCAGCUGCACAGGCGGGCGGGGCUGGCUGCUGCAGCGGUGGGGGAGGAGGAGGAGAAGCGGAAUAUGGCGGACGGCGUGGACCACAUAGAUAUCUACGCCGAUGUGGGAGAGGAAUUUAACCAGGAAGCAGAAUAUGGUGGGCAUGAUCAAAUAGACUUGUAUGACGACGUCAUUUCUCCAUCUGCUAAUAACGGCGAUGCACCAGAGGACCGUGAUUAUAUGGACUCUCUCCCACCCUCUGUUGGAGAUGAUGUAGGCAAAGGAUCAGCACCAAAUGUUGUCUACACAUAUACAGGGAAGAGAAUUGCUUUGUAUAUUGGAAAUCUUACUUGGUGGACCACAGAUGAAGAUUUAACUGAAGCAGUUCAUUCACUGGGUGUAAAUGAUAUUCUGGAGAUAAAAUUUUUUGAAAACCGUGCUAAUGGUCAGUCGAAGGGGUUUGCACUUGUGGGUGUAGGAUCUGAAGCCUCAUCCAAAAAACUAAUGGAUCUGUUACCUAAAAGAGAAUUGCAUGGUCAAAAUCCUGUUGUAACUCCAUGUAAUAAGCAGUUUCUGAGUCAAUUUGAACUGCAGUCAAGGAAAACUACACAGUCAGGCCAGAUGUCAGGAGAAGGAAAAGCUGGUCCUCCAGGAGGCAGUUCACGGGCAACAUUUCCACCAAGUAACAGAGGGAGGGGUCGUUUUCCUGGUGCUAUACCUGGGGGGGACAGAUUUCCUGGACCAGCUGGACCAGGAGGACCACCUCCACCCUUUCCAGCUGGACAGACUCCUCCACGUCCACCUUUAGGUCCUCCUGGCCCACCAGGCCCUCCAGGUCCUCCACCACCUGGCCAGGUUCUCCCUCCUCCAUUAACUGGUCCUCCCAAUCGUGGUGACCGCCCUCCUCCUCCAGUUCUGUUUCCUGGACAGCCCUUUGGACAGCCUCCAUUGGGUCCACUUCCCCCUGGUCCUCCACCUCCUGUCCCAGGCUAUGGCCCACCACCAGGCCCUCCACCCCCACAACAGGGUCCUCCUCCACCUCCAGGCCCUUUCCCCCCUCGUCCACCUGGUCCACUAGGGCCACCUCUGACACUGGCUCCUCCUCCUCACUUGCCUGGGCCACCACCUGGUGCUCCCCCACCAGCCCCACACGUGAAUCCAGCUUUCUUCCCCCCGCCAGCCAACAGUGGUAUACCUACAUCAGACAGCCGUGGUCCACCACCGUCAGACCCAUAUGGCCGACCUCCACCAUAUGACAGAGGUGAUUAUGGGCCGCCAGGCAGGCGUUUCACUGGAAAUAACAUGUCCAUAAGAGAACAAUUACAUAUGCCAUUGUAUUGGAGACAAUCGAAAAAUAAUACUCAAAACGCAGGGAGAGAAAUGGAUGCUGCAAGGACACCUUUAAGUGAAGCAGAAUUUGAAGAAAUAAUGAAUAGAAAUAGGGCCAUCUCUAGCAGCGCCAUUUCAAGAGCUGUUUCAGAUGCCAGUGCUGGAGACUAUGGAAGUGCUAUAGAAACUUUGGUGACUGCAAUUUCUUUAAUUAAACAAUCCAAAGUGUCUGCUGAUGAUCGUUGCAAAGUACUUAUUAGCUCUCUGCAAGAUUGCCUUCAUGGAAUUGAGUCAAAGUCUUAUGGUUCUGGGUCAAGAAGACGUGAACGUUCAAGAGAGAGAGACCACAGCAGGUCAAGGGAGAAAAGCAGACGCCACAAAUCUCGAAGCCGAGAUCGCCAUGAUGAUUAUUACCGGGAAAGAAGCCGAGAACGUGAGAGACAUCGUGACCGCGAUAGAGAUCGUGACAGAGAGCGGGAUAGAGAACGAGAGUAUCGUCAUCGUUAAAGGAGCUGAAGGAAGAGGAACACCUCAACAGACAAGAAACUUCACGGAAAGAGGCUUGUCCAGCGGUUUGCUUCAUGCGAUCGAUCAGAGCCUGUAAGGAUUCAUGGAUAAAAUGAACAGGAAUAGAUCUGAAUAAGGCAAAUCUGCAUACAUGGUAACCAGUAGCUCUCUUACAUUUUUAUGUUGCUUAGCUGUUUUAUUUGAAGGAACCUGUGUGAUUUAAAACGUAUAGCUUCUUGCAACUUUAUUACUGGUUAUAUACUUUUGAAAAUUAAAAUGUGCAAGCAAUGGGAAAAGUCAAGUAAAUGCUUGUUUUUAUAGUAGUUGGUUCUUGUUUAAAUGUUCAUAUGAUAAUGUCUGUAAAGAGCACCAAAUUGAUUACAAUAGCUGUAGUGUUGUAAUAAACUGUUUAAUGGGGCUGAUGUGUAAAGCUGUUCAAGUUAUUUGAUGUUUACACCUCAGGGAGUGUCUUGUGUUCAGCAAUAUUUGAUGGUGUUGUCUCUAACAGAACAUUGCAUAUUUUUGUAUAUGCAUCAACCUGUUGUAUCUAAAUAACUGGCAUUUGUGUCCAGCACCUGAUAUUGAUACUAGAGUAGUGGUUCCUUUUAAAAAAUGUGUAGUCU